GUGUGCCUGGGCUCCCUAAUGGUCUUGGGACGCCUUCAUCCCGACGAUGAACUCUAUAAAGAGGGUUCAGUUUCCCAGACUCUUGUAUCGAAGCCAUCCAUUCACAUCCACCGGACAUCCCACCUUCCUCAUCGACCAUCAAGCACUCAGCCUCAGAACUCCAAGGUUUUAGCUCUCGGUACCUUGCUCAUCACAAUGCGCUUCACUGUCCUCCUCACUUCCGCCGUCGCCGGCCUGGCUAUGGCCUCUCCCACCGCCCGCUCGGCCCAGUCCAACACCGCCGUUCAGGCUCAGGAGCGCGGUGUCCUGGUUGAACUCUGCGUCGCCUUCUGCCUCGCCACGGCGUGCGUUGGCACCGGGCCGGCGGCCCCCGCCGUCUGCGCGGCCUGCCUUGUCGAGUGCCUCGGCACCGCUGACGAUGGGGGCCCGGUUGUCAUUGACCCUGUCGUCCUCGACAAGGAGCUGGUCGACAAGGUUGAGGGGUAUACGUCUCACGUUGCCCAGGCCUAAGUUCUAGCUUUUUUACCAGUAGUGACACUGAAAGCUGGACUUGAAGGGUAUCAAAGGGGUGAGAUGGGGUGAUUAUCUUCACUUGGGUUGGCCUGGAACUGGUAACUUGUGGGCCAGGACUGGUCUUUGACCUGAGAAUAGGAAAAAGUGUGGAAUGGAGUGUCAAUCAUGAAAUCCUGCCUCUGAACCUGAGAGCAGCAAUACAUUCAUCUCACUGAGCUGACGUUUUUCGAUGCUGGUGACCUGACCAGAGAAGUUCUCUCUAGGCGUUGGCACUUAGCUGACAUUCGUAGUAAGCUUGGUCUUAU